AUGAUGCUCCUUGAUGGUGGUUUGCUAGAUGCCUCAUUGACCACCAUCAAUUUUGGCCCGCUUGAAACCAUUAAACCGAUUUGCAUUUCUCAAGACUGGCCUUCGACACUGAAUGGCAUCUGGUUUCGAGACGUUCCCGAAAACACAGCUGCAUAUCAGUUUUCAAGACUUCCAGAUACAGAAAUGUCUGAGAUAUUUGACAAAUUUCUAGAGAUAUGGGAUGGUGACCGCGUCUCCUUCCCGUCCCAGCCACGUCGCGACACCACCGAGAACGACCGACAGAUACUUCUUCCCGCUCCUGGGGUAUGUGGAGUUUUGCCGAUGGCGUCGCCAACCGGACAAGUCAAGCGGGAGAUCAACAACAAGCAUGUGGCUUUUGAUCUGGUUGAUCACUCUCAGCCUUCAUUUCUGAAUUCAUUUCUGAAUUCCAGAGUUCUACCUGACCGUCAGGUCGAGUUGUUGCUUUCGGGAGGUUCUCAUAAAGGCAUCAAGAGGAGUCUCGCGGACGGGUUCGAAAUUGAUGAACUUGAUCGCAGCCGGAAAGGAGGCAACUGCAAGAAAGCCAGAGGAGAGGGAACAGUCAAGUUCGCACAUGGAGCGAUGGGUAGCACGGCCAAGACUGUUCGGAAUGUUUCUGCUUGUAAGGAUGCUAGCGUACAUGAUGCCGCGAAAUAG